AAUAAUGCACCUUCCCUGUCCAUUACAGAUACCCUUUUCAUCUCCUUCACUCACUUCCAUGGCCUCCCCGCUUCUCCAAAACAGAGCAUCAAUGGACUCUGUUUUUACUUUCUCCUUCUUUUUGUUUUUCUCUCUCUGUUUCUGCCGGAGCUCCGGCUAUUCGGCCACGGCGUUUGCCUGCGAUGCCGGAAGCAAUCCGGCCGUGGCGGGGUUUGGGUUCUGUAAUGGGUCGCUUGGGUUUAAGGAGAGAGUGGGGGAUUUGGUGAAGCGGCUGACGCUGCCGGAGAAGAUUGGAUUUCUUAUCAACGAUGCUGGAAAUGUGAGCCGGCUUGGGAUUCCCAAGUAUGAAUGGUGGUCGGAGGCUUUGCACGGCGUCUCUUACGUCGGUCCGGGGACUAAAUAUUCGAAUGUGGUUCCUAGCUCCACCAGCUUCCCUCAGGUCAUUUUGACGGCGGCUUCCUUCAAUGCUUCCCUGUUUGAAGCCAUUGGAAAGGUAGUUUCAACAGAGGCAAGAGCUAUGUACAAUGUGGGAUUAGCAGGACUUACCUAUUGGUCGCCCAAUGUCAACAUUUUCAGAGACCCGAGAUGGGGCAGAGGCCAAGAAACUCCCGGGGAGGACCCUCUGCUCUCCAGCAAGUACGCUGCUGGCUACGUUCGAGGCCUGCAGCAGCGGGACGAUGGCGAUCCCGACCGGCUUAAAGUUGCUGCCUGCUGCAAACACUACACUGCCUAUGAUUUGGAUAACUGGAAAGGCACAGAUCGUUAUCACUUCAAUGCUGUGGUGACGCCGCAAGAUUUGGAAGAUACGUUUCAACCGCCGUUCAAGAGCUGUGUGAUCGAUGGCAAUGUGGCUAGUGUUAUGUGUUCUUACAAUCAAGUUAAUGGCAAACCAACCUGCGCUGAUCCAGACCUCCUUGCUGGGGUUAUCCGAGGCCAGUGGAAAUUGAACGGAUACAUAGUUUCGGACUGCGAUUCGGUCGAUGUGCUUUACAAUUCACAACACUAUACCAAGUCGCCCGAGGAAGCUGCAGCUAAAACUAUAUUGGCAGGGUUGGAUCUUGACUGUGGUAAUUUUCUCGGGAAACAUACCGAAGCAGCAGUUAAGGCGGGGCUCGUGAACGAGGCAGCCAUUGAUAAAGCAGUUUCAAACAAUUUUCAAACAUUGAUGAGGUUAGGCUUCUUUGAUGGCAAUCCCAGCAAGCAGCUUUAUGGGAAGCUUGGUCCAAAAGAUGUUUGCACACCAGAGCAUCAGGAGUUAGCCCGAGAAGCUGCAAGACAAGGCAUAGUUUUGCUUAAAAACACCCCAAAAUCUCUGCCCUUGUCUGCCUCAGCAAUCAAAUCUCUGGCAGUAAUUGGCCCAAAUGCCAAUGUCACAAAAACCAUGAUUGGAAACUACGAGGGCAUACCUUGCAAAUAUACAACACCUUUACAAGGCCUAUCAGCCGUAGUAUCCACCACAUAUCAGCCGGGCUGCAUCAAUGUGGCUUGCAGCUCUGCCCAGCUAGAUGAAGCAAAGAAGAUAGCAGCAUCAGCAGAUGCCGCAGUCCUCGUAGUAGGAUCGGACCAAUCGAUUGAAGCCGAGAGUCGAGACAGAGUCGACCUGAAUCUUCCAGGAAUGCAGUCAGUUCUAAUCACAGAAGUGGCCAAAGCAUCAAAAGGACCUGUAAUUCUCAUCAUAAUGACUGGUGGAGGCAUGGAUAUAACAUUUGCGAAGAACAAUGACAAAAUUACAAGCAUCUUAUGGGUUGGUUUCCCUGGCGAAGCUGGGGGUGCUGCCAUAGCUGAUGUAAUCUUUGGAUCCUUUAAUCCAUGUGGUAGACUACCCAUGACUUGGUACCCACAAUCAUACGUAGAGAAGGUUCCAAUGACGAACAUGAAUAUGAGACCAGAUCCUUCCAGUGGAUAUCCAGGAAGAACAUACAGAUUCUACACAGGGGAAACAGUAUAUUCAUUUGGGGAUGGAUUAAGUUACUCAGAUUACAAACAUCACCUGGUCAAAGCCCCAAAGCUCGUAUCGAUCCCCUUGGAAGAAGGCCACAUUUGCCACUCGUACAACUGCCAAUCGCUCGACGUCGUCCAAGAGCGUUGCCAAAACCUGGGAUUGGAUGUUCAUCUGAGAGUGAAGAACGUGGGGCAGAGAAGCGGAAGCCACACAGUUUUUCUGUAUUCAUCGCCGCCAUCAAUGGACAAUUCACCCCAGAAAUACCUUCUGGGCUUUGAAAAGGUGUCUCUGGGAGCCGGCGGAGAAACGGUAGUUCGCUUCAAAGUGGAUGUUUGUAAGGAUUUGAGUGUGGCCGACGAAGUCGGAAGCCGGAAAGUUUUGUUGGGCCUCCAUGUUCUCCAUGUAGGAACGGUGAAACACUCGUUGAACGUUAGGAUUUGAAUCGACCGGCUUUUCCUCCUCCGCCGCCGCCGCUCCCGGUGGCUGAUUAUGAUUUGUUUUCUUAUGCAUUUUGGUCGGUGGACAAUCAAAUUGUAAAAUAAGUUGAGGGAGUUGUGUUAAGAAUUUUCUCAAUUCUUAUUGAAAAAUGAACAAAAGAACUGAUGGAAUGGAAAUUUGGUGAAAGUGG